CCGGAGCCCUCGCCGCUGUCCGGUGAUGAUGAAUUGAGGAUGGUGGAGGGAACAGACGCCCCUUUGAGGAACAUUUCGACAGGAAAUCGGGACAGCAAGUACCUCUCUUUCCCCUGGGUGGUGACUUUACUCUCCAGUGUUCUCAUCACUACAAUUAUAGUAGAUGUUCUGGGCAACCUGUUGGUCAUUGUAUCGGUCUUCAGAAACAGAAAGCUCAGGAAGGCAGGUAAUGCCUUUGUGGUGAGUUUGGCAGUAGCGGAUCUGGUCGUGGCCAUCUACCCCUACCCGCUCGUCCUGACCGCCAUCUUCCAUGACAGCUGGAUCGCUGGUGAUAUUCACUGUCAAAUCAGCGGCUUCCUCAUGGGGCUCAGUGUGAUCGGCUCUAUUUUCAACAUCACAGGCAUCGCCAUCAACCGCUACUGUUACAUCUGCCACAGCCUUAAGUACGACAAGCUCUUCUCCAACAAGAACACAGUAUGCUAUGUCAUACUAGUCUGGGUGCUGACUAUCCUGGCCAUCGUCCCAAACUGGUUUGUAGAGUCUCUGCAGUACGACCCGCGUGUCUACUCUUGCACCUUCGCCCAAUCUGUGAGCUCGCUCUACACCAUCACGGUGGUGGUGGUGCACUUCAUUCUGCCCAUCGGCAUCGUCACGUACUGCUACCUGCGCAUCUGGAUCCUCGUCAUACAGGUGCGCAGACGGGUCAAGCCCGACAGUCGGCCCAAGAUCAAGCCUCAUGACUUCCGGAACUUUCUCACCAUGUUUGUGGUGUUUGUGUUGUUCGCCGUUUGCUGGGCUCCGCUGAACUUCAUAGGCCUGGCGGUGGCGAUCCACCCCAGACUGGGUCAAGCCAUACCCGAGUGGCUCUUCACAGCCAGCUACUUCAUGGCGUACUUCAACAGCUGCCUCAAUGGCGUUAUAUAUGGAGUGCUAAACCACAACUUUCGAAAAGAGUAUAAAAGGAUUAUACUUGCUAUUUUCAAGUUUAAUUGUUGAGUUUUCGCAAUGAGACGAGCACUGUGUCUUUCUUAAAAUUCGCAAGUUAUUCAAAGCGAUUGAGUGCAGCGUAACGAUGCAUCUUUUGUGAUUCAAAUGUUUUUAUUGUUUGCAUUUUGUUAUACCAAAUAUGGACAUAUUUUGAGUCCCUGUAUUUACAUCCUAAUAUUUGCACAAAAUGAUAUAUGUUUGAACUUGAGUUCCUUGUUUACAUUAUCAUCUACACAAUAUGUUCUUAUUUAGAAAUGUAAUUGGCAUCUAAAUGUGGAA